AUGGCCUCCUCCGACGAUGUUCCAGAUUCGACCGAUUGGCUUUCGACGCCGUUGUCUGGCUUCGCAGCUGUCGAGGCCGCCUUGCGUUGCCAAGUAUGCAAAGACUUUUACAAGACACCCAUGAUCACAUCAUGUUCGCAUACAUUCUGCUCAAUCUGCAUCCGGAGAGCCCUCUCUAACGACGGCAAAUGCCCAAUGUGUCGUGCGACAGACCAAGAGCUCAAGCUUCGAAGUAACUGGUCGAUGGAAGAAACAGUAGAAGCAUUUUCAAAGGCGCGGACGGCUGCGCUGAACCUUGCGCGGAACCAGGGAACCAGAAGUCAGUCACCAAAAAGGAAGGCUGUCGAGAUAUCUCCCGAUGCGCACGAGUCCCACGAACCCAAACGACUGCGUACAUCAGCUAGACUGAGCAAAAGUAGAGGGGAACAAUCAGCGGUAGCGACCCCAAUUCAGAUAGAUGAAGAGCAAAUCAUCCCUGAUUCGAAUAACGACGACGAUGACGAGGAAUAUGUCCCAGAUGCUCCGAACGGCCUUGUUCCCUGUCCCUCCUGUAACAAAAAGAUGAAAGAGUGGCAGGUAUUUGGACAUUUGGAAUCUUGUCCAGGCCCGUCAGCAGCAAAUAGUUCAAAUAAUACUGUCAGCUCCGAUACAACAUUUUCCUUUGGGCAGUCUUAUCGGAGACAGCAAAAGACGCUAGAAAGGUUACCACCUCUCAAUUAUUCGAUGUUGAAAGAGCAAGCACUGCGAAAGAAAAUGUCUGACUUGGGCAUCUCUAACCAAGGGCCCCGCAUUCUCCUGGAAAGGCGCCAUAAAGAGUGGCUGACAUUAUGGAACGCAAACUGCGAUGCAGCCAUACCGAAGAAGCGCUCAGAGUUGCUUCACGAUUUGGAAGGCUGGGAGCGUACCCAAGGCGGUCGAGCGCCAACCACAGGCCGGGCCAUACAGACUGCGGCGGUAAUAAAAGACAAGGACUUUGAUGGGGCGGCUUGGGCAGCUAGGCAUGAUAUUUCCUUCAAAGACUUGAUUGCGAGCGCUCGGAAAAGUCGACUAGAGGCGGAGAAGAAGACGGAAGAGGCGGAGAUAGUAGCCGGCGAUCAGUCACAGAGUUCAGCAAGUCAGCCUCCCGAUUUGAUGGUUAUUUCGUCCUCUCAGCCACCU